AGCUGGUAGAGCUACUCGGUCCCAUCGGAAAGUGAAUUGCAUUUAGCCAAUAUUAAUCGUUCAUCCAGAUAGGCCAAAAUGGAAAACGCAAAACGGCCAAAGGUGAUGGUAAAGGUGAUCGAUGGAAAAUGCAUUCUUACACCAUUGAAACCCCAAAAUAAUGAUUCACAACCCCGUGCUACAAACCUAAUUUUGCACCAACAUUUAAUACAACAAAUGGCACCCAACACGACUGAACAAUCCAGCCAAAGUACUUCCAAUGUUCAACAUAUACCGGCAAAAAGCAAACAAAUCGCGUUCCGUAAAUCAGCACGCACAACGCAGUCGUCGAUUGCUACACAAACAAUUUCAUCCGGCGAAGAGAAUGCGUGCUCUAGCCAAAUUCUAAAUAAACUCAACGAGAUCCAACGGGAACAGCAAGUAACCAACAAAAAACUGAUGGAAGUGGACAAGCAAAUGAAACUCGUUCGUUCGGAGCUAGACCUGCUGGCGGACAGAAUUGCUCCCAGGGUUGGCAUUGUACGUGCAAACAGUUUUGAAUUCGAACCCAUAGGAUGCAAAGAAGAAUUGGACGAUUUUGAGCAAAAUCUACGAGGGCAACAAUUCACAAUUAAAAUGCGUCAGUUUGUAGAUGCCAGGCUGCCAACUGAAAGCAUUGAAGCGCGCCUACAUGCCAGCGUUGACAUUCUUUUUAAGCGCGAUUUUGUUGUUAAGUUAAGCUGGACAGGUAUGGGCCAUCCGAACCCAAAAAUAGCGUUUAAGGAUUAUAUUAAUGUACUAAAUUUUUAUAGAUAUAUUGGGGCAUGCCAUGGUUUUAAUGCUACCGACAUGAAAAUAAAAUCAUUUUUACAAAAUAAGUUUAGACAUAGUACACAAAGAUUAAAUUUAGUAGGUAUAGUGAAAACAACUUAUCAUAGGCAUAGCAAGUAG